AUGGCUUCCCUCUCGAUCCUCCGUCUCACUGCUCGCCCUGCCACAUCUGCGCUCUUCAGACCCUGCACACGAUCCAUCAGGAGAGCUCCUGCUCUAGGUCAAACACUUUCCGCACGAGCUCCUUUCAGCUCUACGUCAAUCCGAAAGUCCGCCGGUCACGAAGAUGAGACGUUCGAAGAGUUCUCAGCCAGCUGUUCCGGCUGCGCAACUGUCCCAGCCGUCAUAUGGAGAGCUCCGCUGAUAUAUGACCUUGACAGAUACGAGAAGGAAUUUGACUCAGUACAAGAUGUUUUCGAGCUGCAGCGAAACCUGAACAACGCUUUCGCAUACGAUCUCGUCCCUUCACCCGGCGUUGUCGCAGCUGCUUUGAAAGCUGCUAGACGUGUCAAUGACUUCCCCACUGCAGUGAGAGUAUUCGAAGGCAUCAAAGCCAAGGUCGAAAACCAGCAACAAUACGAAGAAUACCUCGAAGAGCUCAAACCCUUACGCGAAGAGCUCGGCAUAAACCUAAAGGAGGACUUGUACCCCGGAGACACCGACAGCCCUCACUGGAACCCAUAA